AUGCUGAAGUUUAACAAAACCACCGCCAAAGCCGCCUCGCUCGGCACCCAGAAUGAGCCUAAACACCGGACCUCGCCGCCACGGCAGGCCUCUAGCGCCAACAAGCAGCCAGAGAAACAGAAAGAAGAAGAGGAAGAAGAGCUCCUCGAGCAGUGCAAAGCAGCCCUGGCAGCAGCCGCUGCACUUGUCGGACAACCGUCAGCCCAGCCGGUGAUGAUGCAUCUGGGAAUGUUUGAGAUCGGCAAGCCGCUCGGCAGGGGCAAGUUUGGGCGUGUGUACCUGGCGCGGGAGCGGGAGCACGGCUUCGUCUGCGCGCUCAAGGUCCUCCACAAGCGCGAGCUGCAGGACGCGCGGGUCGAGAGGCAGGUGCAGCGCGAGAUUGAGAUUCAGAGCAACCUCCGGCACCCAAACAUAGUCAAAAUGUAUGGGCACUUUCACGAUUCGAAGCGGGUUUUUAUCAUCCUAGAGUUUGCGGGCAAGGGCGAGCUGUACAAGCACCUGAAGAAGGAAAAGAGGUUCCCAGAGUGGAGGGCGGCGCAGUGCAUAGCGCAGAUGGCGUCGGCGUUGCGCUAUCUGCACCGCAAGCAUGUCAUGCAUCGCGACAUCAAGCCGGAGAACAUCCUGGUGGGAUUCCAUGGCGAGAUCAAGAUUUCGGAUUUUGGUUGGAGUGUCCACGCGCCGAGUGACCGCCGAAACACGUUUUGCGGGACGUUGGAUUACCUGCCGCCCGAGAUGAUCAAGCCGCGAACGGCAGAUAAUUCGUACGACCACAGGGUCGAUCUGUGGGCGUUGGGGGUCUUGACGUAUGAGCUGUUGGUGGGUCAGGCGCCGUUCGAGGACACGCCUGCCAUGACGCACAAGAGGAUCAUGCGGCGGGACAUGAAGGUCCCGUCGUUUGUCAGUCGGGAAGCGAGCGAUCUGAUUCUGAAGCUCGAGACUCCCGCUCGAUAA